UUUAUUUACGACUGUGAUCCCACACAACUGACAUUCCUUCGACUUUUAAGUGACCAUGCCAAACAGAGCAUCACUUAUCACUGCUUAAACUCCACCGCCUGGUUUAAACAGAGUUCUGGCAGUUAUCAACACUCUAUUAAGCUUAAAGCUGAUAAUGGAAUAGAAAUCCAUGCUAGUGGCACAAAGAAAUAUGCACCUACGAUAGUACUGGACGAAUGUAAGGUAGGGAAAGAAUAUCAGGGAGGGGUGGGUAGGGGGAGAGGAGAUUAUUAGGACUCAUCCAAGUCUGGGAGAAAACUACGCAACCACGCAACACAGUUUCUUUGCAACUCAAAAACAAAAACCGUGAAAACCAUCAGUAUUUCUAUAUGCAUUAUUGACCAAGAGUAUUCGGUCAACAUGGCUGGAUAUUGGCCACGAGUUCUUUUUUGCGUUGUCGAGGUCAAUAAAAACGCAAAAAAGAGUGAGGCCGAUAUCAAGCCGUCUUGACCGAAUACGCUUGGUCAAUAAACGAUUUCAUAUGUGGCUAAAAAGAUAACUUUUCCUUGCGGGACUAAUGCGGAUAUCCCGAGCGAUCAUCGUGUCCGCUCGGGUAGCGAAUAAGAAGACAGGAUUCGUUUUAUCUUGCCCGCUUGCCGAAUCAGCCAUAUGAAUAAGUAAUGUUGCGUUUCAAGGAGGAAACCAAUGGGGCAUGAGAAAAGCAAAUCGCAAGCAACAGCGUUAAUUAAAUUUUGUUUUUUAGCUCCCUUGAUUAUUAUGAUUUUUUUUAUUAGCCAGCGAGCAAAAUCCCCGUGGGACUAGGGGUGGGGUGGUGUGGGGGUGGGGUCUAGGGGCUGGGGACGCUCCCACCCUCACUAGUUCCCCAGAGAGAUUGCGACCAGGCUAAGUUUUGAUUGGUCAGAACACAAUAAAAGGGAAUGUCAGAUAAAAUUUUCUUGAGGAAGGUGUGUGUAUGAUUUUUUUUUCUCCUUUUUAGUGUGUUUUCACUAAUUUAAGAUUUUGACUCUUACUCUUUUUAGAUCAAAGACAGUACUUGGCGAAAAACAAUCAUAGAAGUGAACACUCCCAAGACGCAUCGCCUUCCAAUACACGACGUGGCCGUUUACGAUAUCGGGGACACUGGGGAAGAGUUUGGCCUCGAAAUUGGACCUGUUUGUUUUUCGUAA